AUGCUGCGCGGCGCCGCCUGGGCGCUGCUCCUGGCCGCCGCCCUGGGGCUCGGGGUGCGCGGGGUGCGCGGCGCGGUGGCCCUCGCCGACUUCUACCCGUUCGGCACGGAGCGCGGCGACGCUGUCACCCCCAAGCAGGACGACGGCGGCUCGGGGCUGCAGCCGCUCUCCGUGCCCUUCCCGUUCUUCGGCGCCGAGCACUCCGGACUCUACGUGAACAAUAACGGAGUCGUCUCCUUCCUGAAGGAGGUCUCUCAGUUCACCCCCGCGGCCUUCCCCAUCGCCAAGGACCGCUGCGUGGUGGCAGCCUUCUGGGCAGACGUGGACAAUCGGCGUGCAGGUGACGUGUACUACAGGGAGGCCACGGACCCUGCCACGCUGCGCAGAGCCACAGAGGACGUCAGGCGCUACUUCCCCGAGCUCCAGGACUUCUCCGCCACCUGGGUCUUCAUAGCCACCUGGCACCGUGUGACAUUCUUUGGAGGCAGCUCCUCUUCCCCCGUCAACACGUUCCAGACUGUGCUCAUCACUGACGGCAAGUUCUCCUUCACCAUCUUCAACUACGAGUCUAUCACGUGGACCACAGGCACACACGCCAGCAGCGGGGGUGACACCACUGGCCUGGGAGGGAUCGCGGCCCAGGCUGGCUUCAAUGCGGGUGACGGGCGGCGCUACUUCAGCAUCCCCGGCUCGCGCACCGCGGACAUGGUCGAGGUGGAGACCACCACCAACGUGGGCGUGCCCGGGCGCUGGGCGUUCAGAAUCGAUGAUGCCCAGGUGCGCGUGGGGGGCUGCGGCCAUACAACCUCCGUGUGCCUGGCCCUGCGUCCCUGCCUCAACGGCGGCAAGUGCAUUGACGACUGCAUCACGGGCAACCCCUCCUACAGCUGCUCCUGCCUCUCAGGCUUCACCGGGAGGCGGUGUCACCUGGAUGUUAACGAAUGUGCUUCCCAUCCAUGUCAGAACGGCGGGACCUGCACACACGGCAUCAACAGCUUCAGCUGCCGAUGCCCAGCCGGCUUCGGGGGGCCCACCUGUGAGACAGCACUGUCUCCAUGUGACACCAGAGAGUGUGAGAACGGCGGCCGGUGCCAGGUGGAGAGCGGCUCGGCGGUGUGCCUGUGCCAGGCCGGCUACACGGGCACGGCCUGCGAGACGGAUGUGGACGAAUGUGCCUCGGGCCCGUGCCUGAACGGAGGCUCGUGUGUGGACCUCGUGGGGAAUUUCACCUGCCUGUGCUCAGAGCCGUUCGCGGGACCUCGCUGCGAGACAGGAAGCCACCCAGUGCCCGACCCCUGCCUCUCAGCCCCUUGCCAGAACGGGGGCACCUGUGUGGAUGCAGAGGAGGGCUACGUGUGCGAGUGCCCCCAGGGCUUCACUGGCCUCGACUGCAGGGAGAGAACCCCUGAGCACUGUGGGUGCCGCAAUGGUGGCAGAUGCCUAGAGGCCAACACCACCCUCUGCCAGUGUCCCCCAGGGUUCUUUGGGCUCCUCUGUGAAUUUGAAGUCACAGCCACGCCCUGCAACAUGAACACGCAGUGCCCGGACGGGGGCUACUGCAUGGAGUACGGGGGGAGCUACCUCUGUGUCUGCCACACUGACCACAACGUCAGCCACUCACUGCCAUCACCCUGUGACUCGGACCCCUGCUUCAACGGAGGCUCCUGUGACGCCCAUGAGGACUCCUACACUUGCGAGUGCCCCCGAGGGUUCCAUGGCAGGCACUGCGAGAAAGCCCGGCCACGCCUGUGCAGCUCGGGGCCCUGCCGGAACGGGGGCACGUGCAAGGAGGCAGGCAGCGAAUACCACUGCAGCUGCCCCUACCGCUUCACCGGGAGGCACUGCGAGAUCGGGAAGCCAGACUCAUGUGCCUCGGGCCCCUGUCACAAUGGCGGCACCUGCUUUCACUACAUCGGCAAAUACAAGUGCGACUGUCCCCCAGGCUUCUCCGGGCGGCACUGCGAGAUAGCCCCGUCCCCCUGUUUCCGGAGCCCCUGCUCGAACGGGGGUACCUGUGAGGACCUAGGCACAGACUUCUCCUGCCGCUGCCGAGCAGGGUACAUGGGACGCCGGUGCCAGGCGGAGGUGGACUGCGGCCCCCCAGCGGAGGUGAAGCAUGCCACGCUGCGUUUUAACGGCACUCGGCUGGGCUCGGUGGCCCUGUACAAGUGUGACCACGGCUACAGCCUGAGCUCCCCCAACCACGUCCGAGUCUGCCAGCCACAGGGCGUCUGGAGCGAACCUCCACAGUGCCACGAGACAGAUGAGUGCCAAAUGCAGCCUUGCAGAAAUGGAGGCUCCUGCAGGGACCUCCCGGGGGCCUUUGUCUGCCAGUGCCCCGCAGGCUUCACUGGAGUCCACUGCGAGACAGAGGUGGAUGCCUGCGACUCCAGCCCCUGCCAGCACGGAGGCCGGUGUGAGAACGGUGGCGGGGCCUACCUGUGCGUCUGCCCAGAGGGCUUCUUCGGCUACCACUGCGAGACAGUGAGCGACCCCUGCUUCUCCAGCCCCUGUGGGGGCCGCGGCUACUGCCUGGCCAGCAACGGGUCCCACAGCUGCACCUGCAAAGUGGGCUACACGGGCAAGGACUGCGCCAAAGAGCUCUUCCCGCCGACGGCCCUCAAGGUGGAGCGAGUGGAGGAGAGUGGGGUGUCCAUCUCCUGGCGUCCGCCUGAAGGUCAGGCCGCCAGGCAGAUGCUUGACGGCUACGCGGUCACCUACGCCUCCUCGGACGGUGCCUACCGCCGCACAGAUUUCGUGGACCGGAGCCGCUCCUCGCACCAGCUCCGGGCCCUGGCAGCCGGCAGAGCCUACAACAUCUCCGUGUUCUCCGUCAAGCGCAACGCCAACAACAAGAAUGACAUCAGCAGGCCGGUGCUGCUCCUCACCCGCACACGACCCCGCCCCGUUGAGGGCCUUGAGGUCACCAACGUGACAGCCAGCACCAUCUCAGUGCGGUGGGCUCUGCACAGGAUCCGUCACGCGACGGUCAGCGGCGUUCGUGUGUCCAUCCGGCAUCCCGAGGCCCAGGAGGACCAGUCCACCGAUAUGGACAAGAGCGUGGACAAGUUCACGUUCGGGGCCCUGCUGCCAGGAAGGAGAUACACCAUCCACGUGACUGCCCUCAGUGGGCUCGGGGGACAGGAGCCUCCCACCGAGAGUCUGGCCUCGGCCCCGCUGCACGUGUGGACGCGGCCCCUGCCACCAGCAAACCUGACCGCCGCCAGAGUCACGGCCACCUCUGCCCACGUGGUCUGGGACACCCCCACUCCAAGUACCUUGCUGGAGGCAUACGUCAUCAACGUGACCACCAGCCAGAGCACCAAAAGCCGCUACGUUCCCAACGGAAGGCUGACGUCCUACACGGUGAGGGACCUGCUGCCAGGGCGGCGGUACCAGCUCUCGGUGACAGCCGUGCAGAGCGCAGAGGGCGACCAACUGCACAGUGAGCCUGCUCACCUCUACAUCAUCACCUCCCCAAGGGACGGCGCUGACAGACGCUGGCACAGGGAGGGACUCCAUCCACGGGUGCUCAGAAACAGACCGCCCCCCGUGCGCCUGCCGGAGCACCUGCUCAGUGACCGUGACGCCCCCGAAGCUCAGACCCCGGCCCCCAGGUUCUCGGAGCUUGUGGACGGCAGAGGGCGAGUGAGUGCCAAGUUUAGUGGCUCACCUGGCAAAUCGGUCACCGUGAGAUCACAACCCACGGCUCUGGCGCAGCUCGAGAACACGGAGGAGGCCCCCAAGCAGGCGCCUGAGCAGGUCGGCCUGGCCCUCCAGCUGCCUGAACGCAGCAGCGACAAGGACUCGGAAAACACUCCUGGGAACUGUUCAGAAAACCCCUGUCAGAACGGAGGCACCUGCGUGCCAGGUGUGGACACCCACAGCUGUGACUGCAGCCCAGGGUUCAAAGGCAGACGCUGUGAGCUGGCCUGCACCAAGGUGCCGCAGCCCUGCACCAGGCUCUUCUCCGAGACCAAGGCCGUGCCCGUCUGGGAAGGAGGAGCCUGCCACCACGUGUAUAAGAGAGUCUACAAGGUGCACCAGGACAUCUGCUUCAAAGAGAGCUGUGAAAGCACGAGCGGCAAGAAAACCCCGACCAGGAAACAAAGUAACAACAGUCCGACACUGAAGAAAUCUUAGGUACAGAAAGGAAAGACGGUCAUUUCAAGAGCGUCCCCAGUGACCCAGGCCCGCCUGGAGAAGACGGGGGAGCUCAUUGCGGGCUCCGGCACUGGGGGAGUGAGAGGAGACCACGUACAGACACGCGUACUGCUGACUUCUGCUGUGUCCCUGGGACCUGUCGCUGUGUGCCUACGGAAAGCUACAGCAUCACCAGCAAGUGGCGAGAUCAAGUGAUAUCACUGGAAAAGUAGAUGAAACUUUCUACUGCGAUGCUAAUGACCUCAAGCCCCUCAGCCAUGAGGCGAACACUAGCGUGUUUCAGUUUUUAACUCAGAAACGUUUGUUUCUACAAGAAACAGUCUACUGAAUCCUG